AUGGUCCUAAUGGAGAGCUACUUCUUCUGCGCCUCGGUGCGACUGGGAGUCCUGCUCAUUUCGGCCAUUGCCGCAGUGAGUUUCAACCAAAAUCUUGUCCCCUGAAAAAGCACUGUCAUCAUGUGGAUGAUAUUCACCGAUGGAACAUCUUUCCUCUUCUCGCUGGGUAACAUACUGGAGAAUCAUUACAGGACCAGCACAAUCAUUAGGGAGUCCGUUGACUGGGUUGAGCAAUAUCCUAAAGAGCUGAUGAUGUUCUUCCAACUCUAUAGCUUUUGUCAUAUUAUAACUUGUAUUCUGGCGGCCUAUGGAGCCUACAAGCUCAAGAAGUACCACGUGAUACCCUUGGCUGUCUUCGAGUUCUUUUACACAGUGCAAGUCGUUGUCUUCACAAUUAUCGCCCUUCGGAUCGCCAGACAUAACGUCCCUCUGGCCACUCUAAUUCUGCUAACCCUUGGCCUGACCUUUUACGCAAUGCUCGUGGCCUACGAUACGCUGCUCUUGAUUGCCUUCGUGCAGGUUAUGUUCCUGGUGCGGACUGAGCAGUACCAACGCCUUUACGGUGCCGAUCCCCUCGUCCCCCUUGCGAACGGAAAGGCUUACAGCCGAAGUGCAUCGGGGAAUCCCACCUCAAAGCAACCAAUAAUUAUCUACGUGAUGCCCAAGCCAGGACAAAAGUUGUGGGACAUGCCGCAAAUAAAAUGGUGGCAGUACCAAGUUACUGGUAAUCGGGUGCUACAAAACACUCCUGGCGAAGUCCCUUCUGGUUAUUUCCACCGAAAGGAGCUCUUAUCAAACGUCUUGCUACGCAAUGCCAUCAAUGAGGACUAUGUGCAAAGAGCGGUCUAG